AUUCAACUCAUUUUUUCGAAAACCAUGGCUUAUACCACUAAAGUUAUCUGGGGUUUUAUGUUGGAGAAUACCUACUUUAUGGAGUUCGAUGUAUGUAAUCAUCGCAUCAUCGAGCAAGCUUAUCAUCAACGGCGUAUGCGUCAAACAAGCCAUUAUAUUACCAUCCGAGAUUCUCAUUUGCCAGCGCCCGCACGGAUCUACUUUGGCGUGGCUCAAGUCCACUUGCGGAUGCCAGGAACACGCUACUAUGUCAAGCGAAGGGUGGUCCAACGACCAAUCCCCAAACGGACCAUGGCCAUCGCACCCACCGUCCCGGCGUUUUCACCAUCCACUUUGACCUCUUCAAAAACAUACACUGCUCCAGCUCCUACUACUACUGCUGCUGCUACUCCUCCCUGCUAUCCUCCAUGUUACGAACUAUCCCAGCCUACAUGUGAACCUGUAUUCUCGGUUCGACCUUUCUCGUCACCUUUAUCAGCGUCCUCAUCCUCGUCUUCCUCCACAUCUUCCUCGGCGUCCACAAUGUCUUCUGCUUCUUCCGUAUCAAAUGCUUCGAUCUCUGAAUAUACUGUCCCUACUUAUUCUCCAUACUACGUAUGUCCGCCGUCAUUAUCAUCUCUUGGGCGUUAUCAGACUACCGUGCCCUUCGACAUGACAUUGGAUCCUACCCUUGCAGCCAUUCUUUACUGUGACAACGACGGCGCUCCUCUGCAGCCGCCGGCACAACCCAAUAUGUACCCUUUCCAGCGCCGAUUUCAUCAACAUGUUCCCUCUUCACAAUGUGCAGCAACGAGUUUGGCCCAAAAUAGAUGCUGGAAUCCAUCCAUGACCGAGAUAACAUACCAGCCAUGAACUUGGAAUUCCCAGAUUUUAUUUUUGUCAAUAACAUAGUAUAAUUCUUUAGUCCAUCAUUUUAUAAUAAAAACUAGGAUUUUCACAG